AUGAGGACCAGAAUACUUACUAUUUCCUUCGUUCUCGUGCUGUUCGCCGAAAUAACCCAAGGACACCGUUAUCGGUGCGGUGAACAGUGGGUGUACCCUUAUCGAAACUGUGGCCGACAGACAUAUUAUUGCGGAAGCUAUCCUUAUGGAAGCUGUAUGUAUCCUUAUGGAUACUAUGGACAGUUUAUGUAUCCUUAUUCCGGUUGUUCUAACUACUGUUGCUAUCCUUGCUAUGGUUAUGGAGGUUAUGGAGGUUACGGAGGAUAUGGUGGAUUUGGAGGUCUUGGAGGUCUCGGAGGUCUUGGAGGUUUCGGAGGUCUUGGAGGUUUUGGAUGGAAUAAUCCGCUAAUGAAUUUACUGCCAAUGCUACUCCAGGGCGGUAUGUUUGGACUGAUGGGGAAGAAGUGA